GGACCAGGUCUGACUUAAGAUGCUGCGAUGAUGAGGUACUCAAUGUGGUACUCACCUUUGAUAUUGUGGGGCAGGUGCACGUCGAGUACUGCUCGCCUGCAGUUUGACCCCGCCCUUCCGGCCUUGACAGAUACCUUAGACAUCGAUCUCACCAUAUGAAUAUCAUUCAGAUGAUGGCUUCAACCAGUGAAAGCGUCGGGUCAAUUGCUGAUAUCCGUCUUCAACUUAUUUGUCUCGGUGGAUACGACAACUCGCCGUUUUUCAGUACAUCGACGUCACUGACUUGAGCCUAGGCUCCCUACGAGCAACCAAGGCCAUUGCAUGGACCAGCAUCUUUCCCAUAUAUUAUUUCAUGAUCGGCACUUUCAACGAAGUCCCUGAUGCGCAGAUAUCCUUUUACGCUGGCCUCCUCAUUGCAAUAUUCACCUUUUCCGAAUUCCUCAGUGGCAUGAUCUGGUCCCGCGUCAGUGACAAGAUCGGUCGGAAGAGAUGCCUUCUCAUCGGUUCAGUGUGUUGCAUGAUAACUUCAGGAUGGCUUCGUAUUUCACAUUCCAUAGCCAGUGCUGCCGCAUCGAGGGCUUUUGGUGGUCUUCUCAACCCCAACACCGGGUUAGUUCCAGCGUGUACUGUUGAGGUUGCAAGAAAGGAUGGGCAAAGAGGUUAGUUUUGAAGCAACAUUAGAGCUACUGAAUGCUGACAAGACAGGGGAGAGAAGCCUCUACUUUGUCCUUUGUGACGUUUAUUAGGUCUCUGGAAUAUGUACGACACAUGGACAGCUUGUGGAUACUCCACUCAGAAGCCUUGCCUUGAUCUAACCCAUACCAGCAAUCUCAUCGGUCCAGUUCUUGGAGGCAUGUUGGCAGAUCCAGGCAAAAACUACCCGUCAGUGUUCCCACCUGGUUCCAUAUGGACAACCUAUCUAUUUUUGCUACCCAAUCCCGUGGUAGUGUCUCUGCAGCUGUUUGCGUUGAUCUUCGCCCUCUCUUCUUAGAGGAGACGCACCCGGAGCUCCAAGAAAUUCCGGACUGGGCCCUUGCAGUAGGCCGUGACAUUGUUGGAAGGCAAUCCUCGCACGGGCAGGAAUAUGACUAUGAGAUGGUUGACACUAAUCAGGAGGGCUUUAAAAGUUUAGAGACACUUGACAAUAUCUAGCAAGAGGAUAUCAGCAAUGUCUCUGACCACGAAGACGACAAGAUCAUACGUCCAAUGAGAGCCUUGACCAAGCAGCUCAUCCUCCAGACUUUAUCCGUCUCUCUCCUGGCCUUCCACAAAGUCUCUUCAGAUGCCAUCAUGCCUGCCUACCUCGCGGCUCCCCCAGACAUUUCAACACAGAAGCUGGCCGGUGCUUUCGGGUACGGUGGUCCAACAAAAGGCUUCAUACUCUUGUCUCAUGCCAUAAUUGCAGCCAUCGCCCAAAUACGGUUCGUGUCGUGGUUUACCAACAAGAUGGGGCCACUCCAGGCAUACCGUGUCGUGCUCUGCGCCUACCCGGUCGUCUACACCGUUACACCAUUUCCGCCUGGGACUCUCAGUGACGUCCAGCACAUUGGCACUAAUGCUGGUUGUUCUGGAGUUGUGGUUCAACGUUGUGUUGUCAUCGAUUGGGUACAUUUGCUCGACCAUUUUCCGAACGUUUCCUCGCUCGAACCAAUAGCGCAGCGGCUCCAUUUGGUUGCCUGGCGCGAUCGGUAG